ACUCAACAUCGAACAAGUGCUCCACCAAGGCUCCGACCACGUCUCAGUGGAGUCUCUCCACCGUAGCCAUGGAGCAUCCCAGCUCCUCGUCUCCCCUGCGAGUCCUAAUCCGCCCACCUCUUCCGGCGACAACCUUACCAGCCGUCGCUCCCAUCGCUGCCUCCCCUUCACCGCUGCAUUCCAUCCCCUCUUCCAACCCUCCACCUCAGAAUCUCAACCCUAACCCUUCUUCAUCUUCCUCUUCUGCUCCUUCAACUUCCUCCGUUUCCUCAUCCCCGAUCGGCGUCGUCGUCGUUGGGUUUCUCGGCAGCAAACCAUCUACUGACCUCGCCCAUCUCAUCAAUCGCCUCCUCGACGAUAACGUAUUUGGCUCCGGCGGCCUCGAGAAGGAUCUCCACGCCUCUUCGACGGGCUUGCUCAAUUGCCGGAGGGUCGGAUACCACCAUCAGCCGGAGACAGGGAUGGUAUUUCUUCAUUUCUCCCCUUCUUCUCCUUCGAGGCUGCUUCUUCUUUCUUCUUCGACAUCGGAGGGGCCGGACGAGGGCGCCGCUUCGGUUUUGGAGGAAUGCGAGGCCGAAGAUCUCCGAUAUAUGCUCCUCAUGUUCUCCGUUUGUCAUGUGAUUGUGUUCGUCCAUGAGGGUUUGCGAUUUGACGUACAAAUCUUAAAGAAGUUUCGAACGUUGCAAGCUGCAAAGCAUGCUCUUAUCCCAUUCUUGAAAUCCCAAAUCGCACCAUUAGCUUCGUCUAAACAAUCUUUAGCCAUUUCCCAGCCUAAUGUUGUGGGAGGCUCUUCGGUUUCACCCCCUACUAGAAGGGGAGGUUCUUCAAGCCGACAUGCUUCGGCAAUUUCUCUCAUGUCAGGCAACGGUUCACAUCCAUCCAUGCUUCCUGGCCUGUGUAUUCCUGUUGUUCUCUUUGUUUUUGAAGAUGACUUCACUGAUGCUUCCAAUGCCAUGGCCAAUGUGGAUGAUCUGACUGAUGCUUAUAGGCAAAACUUGGCAGUCAAAGGAUCAGGUUCAUUGGUAAUGCUUGCACGCCCUGCUAGUAAAGCUGAAGGUAGUUUCAGAAAGAGACUGCAGUCAUCUCUGGAGGCACAGAUUCGAUUUUUGAUAAAAAAAUGCAGAGUUCUUGCUGGGACCGACCACUUUCAUAGUGGAUCAAGGGGAGUUGGGAGUGCUAAUUCCCUCCCUUUGUUCUUACUCGAUGCAUCAAAGGUUGUUGCUCUUUUAGACGGCUCAGCGAAUCAAAGAGGCGAACCCUUGAACUUUAUUACUAGUCUAGUAGAAGAAGCUUUAAAUUCCAAGGACAAAGUGGAUGUACUUAUGCUUGAAAAUCAUUGUGAGAAUUUACACAAUGAGGAUAUUCAAUCAGUAAAGGAUUUCAUCUUAAGACAGGCUGAUAUGCUAAGAGGGAGAGGUGGAUUGCCAAGUAAUGUGAAUAGUGGCUCUGUUGCUGGUGUUGGUGUACCGCCCCCCGCCGCUGCAGCAUCAGCAGCUGCUGGUAAAUUAGGGAGUGCUCCUGAGUUACCUAGUAUGGAAAGCUGGCUAAAAUCCACUAAUCAUAUCCUUGAAGCAUUGCUCUUCUUAGGUCAUGGCAUAGCGGAUGACAUAGCAAAUGCAUCAGGAUUAACUGUCCAACGAAGUACAACAGAGACACGUGAUUGGCAUGCUGUUGAAGAUUCUAUAUCUUGCCUGGAGAGCAGUAAGGAUAUGAACAUGAAGUUUUCAGUAUCUUGGUGCAAAAGAGCUCUUCCAGCUGCCAAGGACAUUUAUCUAAAAGAUCUUCCUGCUUACUAUCCAACUUCAAUGCACAACACUCACUUGGAGAAUGCUUUGUUUGCUUUUAAUUCAAUGGUUAAAGGACCAGCCAUAAGAAUGUUUACAAAAAAACUUGCAGAUGAAUGUACAUCAAUCUGGGAAGCAGGGAGACAACUUUGUGAUGCUGUCAGCUUGACUGGAAAGCCUUGCAUGCACCGCCGGCAUGAUGUAAAUAACAGUAAUUCGUCUAAGGAAGAUUCCGUAUUUCAGCAUUCAAGUGGUUAUGUUUUUCUUCAUGCUUGUGCUUGUGGACGUUCAAGACGUCUGCGCAAUGAUCCUUUUGAUUUUGAAAGAGCAAAUAUAACCUUUAAUCAUUUCAACAGUUGUGAAAAUCUCCUUCCUAGCCUCUCUUUCUCAAAUUUAGCCGGUGAAGGACCACUUCCUCCCACUCAUUGGAGUUUAUGGCGUAUUGGAGGAGCAGGAUAUUAUGAACCUUCCAAAGGUUUACUUCAAACUGGAUUUUGUUCUUACCAGAAGUUUUUGAUGAAGUGGACAAUUUCAACUGAUAAAAAAGCCGAAACAAAUAGCUUUCCCCUUGGAGUGACUGGAAAAAGCUCUAUAGUAACUUUGAAACCCGGGCCAGAAGUCAUGCCUCCCAGGAAUGAAGGAAAAAAGAAGCCCACUGAAACUAAAUUUCACGAUGAAGUUCAGGCCUUAUCAGAAAGCCAGAGAAAAACAUCAGAGAUUGUGUCAUCCAAUGUAACAAGCAUCAGUUUUGGUAAAGGUCUUCCAUCUUUCACCAUGAAGAAGCCUUUUGCUGAGGUUGUUGCAGGUACAGCAAUUGCUGAUUCGAAACCGCUUGCUCUUAAGCAGAGAAAAUAUUCAAAAGAUGUUACAGAUCCAGGCACCAGGUCAUCGGGAGUAAACAAACAAAAUGAUGGUACAAAAAAUGUAAUUGAUGAUCGCCAGGCAUCCCAGGGACCUGAGCAUGUUUCUGCUUUACAAUUCUCAAUAAAACCUGAAACCAAUCACCAAACCAGUGUUAACCCAUAUUUACAAAUUGGAACAAACAUGGUUCCAGUGGAAAUAUCUAGUAGUGGGGAUACAAACAGAACCAGUUCUUCAAAGCAAUCUACUGUAUAUGUUGGCUUUGAGCAUGAGUGUUCUUAUGGUCAUCGCUUUCUAUUAUCCACAGAGCAUCUGAAUGACCUGGAUUCUUCAUAUUCAGUGGAUCCUAAACAGCUUUCUUCUAUCAAUGUUUCUGAAGGAAAAAAUCCUGUAACUAAGAUUGGAGUGUAUGAGAUGCAGGAUCAUUAUUCAUCUGGGAAAACUGCUUCUGUGAUUAACUUGAAGAAAAACAGCAAAGUUAAUGAGCCCGUGUCAGCUAAUGGUGGUCAAAAUCACGAAAGCUUCACAAUGUUUUCUAGGGAGGGAAUGGAAAAUAUCCAGUCUGUCCAGGGCUUCUCCAUGCUUCCUGAGUCUGUUCAUCAAUUUGAAGAAAAGCUUUCCCAUGUUAGACUCGAUGAUGGCAGUUCUGCAUUUUCUCUUUUAACAAGAGCCUUGCCUGUUUACAUGAAAUGUCCUCAUUGCAAUAAUGCUGCUAAACAGACACAGCAGAAGGUCAAAUUUGCAAGUAAGGUUUCACAACUUCAGCGGAUCUUUCUGGUGACCCCACCAUUUCCCACAGUUUUAGCAACUUGCCCUGUUAUACAGUUUGAGGAAUCAUGUUUGCCACGGACAAUUCCUGAACGUAAACAACAAUCACAUUUCAGCUUUGGUUUUUGGGUCAUCUUACCACCAGAGAGCUUCAUUACCCUUAGGCUCCCAUUUAUUUAUGGUGUUCGAAAAGAUGAUGGGACCUUGCAACCGCUUUACCACUUUGAAGAUAAACCUGAGCUUACUGCAUGGCUCGUUAAAGGAACCACAUUACAGGUUUUAUCAAUGGGACUUGAAUCUAGCAAGGAAUCUCAAUUACAGUGAGAAAUUAAUGGCUUCUGACUUCUAUACUUUCCUGAAUUAUCAUCAAGUUCAGUUCCUGUCUUGAGGGAAAACCUCCAUCAUGCAGUUGUGGCAGCUUUGUGUUUCAGCCUACCAAUAUUUGCUUUCAGUCAAAUUUAGUAAAUUUUCAGCAAAGAUAUCCAAGUUUCUGCUAAUCAAACCAGAUUAAAGAACGGAAAUCCAUCAUUAUAGUGAAGAAUGAGUCCAAACUUGAAUUUUCAUCACAACCUAGCAAUAUUUAUCAGCUGCUCCCAUGUAAUAAACCAGCAAUAAAGUGUUUUUGCUGCUGGCAUAGGAUCAGGGAAAGAUCACUUGUGAUCGUGAUUGGCGAAUCACACCCUUUGCAAUAAAGAUGCAAGUUUGUCAUCUGCACCAGUUUUUACUUAAUAGGUCACGAAUUUUAUGUAACAUUGCAACUGGGAUUUGACAGAACUAAUGCACAUGUAAUGAUAUAAAGGUGCGGGUGCCUUCACGGUGGUGAUAUUAAUGUAAUAGCCCAAUGUUUAUAUCAUUUAAUUAUCUAAAUUUUUUAUAGUUAUUACCAUC